UCCAGAUCAGAAGAUGAGUGAUGUCGAGGUAGAGGAGGACGGAGCAGAGUCUGAAGGAUCUGACUGUCAGUCUACGAAGAGUGACCAGUCCAAAGGUCUUCCUGAAGACUUCAGUAAUGAACCUGGACCCUCAGGCACAAAAUUGCGGUGGUGCAGUUUGUCAGAGAUCAGCUGUGCUUCUCUGGCAUCAUCUCUGAAGUCCAACCACUCCCAUCUGAGAGAGCUGGAGCUGAAUGGAAACAAGUUGCAGAAUUCAAAAUUGAAGCAGCUUUGUAGUUUUCUGGAGAUUCCACACUGUCGACUGAAGUCUCUAAGAUUGAGGAGCUGCAGUUUGUCAGAGAUCAGCUGCGCUGUUCUGGCCUCACCUCUGAAGUGCAACCCCUCCCAUCUGAGAGAGCUGGACCUGAAGGACAACAACAUGAAGGAUUCAGAUGUGAAGCAGCUGUGUGAUCUGAAGGAGAGUCCAGAAUGUAGACGGAAUACACUGGAAUUGAGGAGCUGCAGUUUGUCAGAUAUCAGCUGUGCUGCUCUGGCCUCAUCUCUGAAGUCCAACCCCUCCCAUCUGAGAGAGCUGGACCUGAAGGACAACAACGUGAAGGAUUCAGACGUGAAGCAGCUGUCUGAAGGAGAGUCCAGAAUGUAGACUGGAUCUUGGAUUCUUUUUGGCUAAUUAGUCUGCUUUUUAUAAUGUUUACCGGUAUUUACAGUACAGCACU